UGAAGUCAAAGUUGUGAAAAACAAAUCAUACGUAUUUUACAUAUUUUCACAACAUUUAAAUAUGUCGGAAACAAUGUUUGAUGCUCGUGCGUAUUGUAAAAUCAUGUUGCACGCAGCGAAGUAUCCGCAUUUAGCAGUGAACGGAUUACUUUUGGCAGAGACUGGCAAUCCAAACGUGAUUGUGGAUGUGGUACCUCUGUUUCAUCAGUGCCUUCAUGUGUCACCCAUGGCAGAAGUAGCGAUGGUCCAGGUCGAAACUAAAGCAUCCCAAAAAGGACAAUUGAUCGUUGGCUAUUACGUGGGAUGCGAGAAUUUCUACGACAAUCGAUUUGAGCGGGCACCGGGCAUACGGAUUGCGGAUAAAAUUGCCGAACAUUGUCCCGAUGCUUGUAUUGCAGUUAUCGAUAACCGCGCUAUUUCGAUUAAUAUGCGCUAUCCAGCAUUAAGGAUUUGGCAGUAUCGAGACAAUCGCUGGCUGAAAGCAAAAUGUGUAGUAGAAAAUGAUCACGAUACUUUUGAUGCUGUAUCCUGCUUAUUACAGCGUGGCGCUGCAAAAGAAUUGCAUGAUUAUGAUAAUUAUCUGGACAAUACGCAAAACGAUUGGAACAACGUGCAUUUCAACGGAGAUUUAAAGCAAAUUCUUUCCAUGUUUUAAUUGGUAAAAUCGAGUUGAAAUAUAUGCUUGUAACAUGUAUGAACCCGGACUUCAUUUUUAUUUUAUUUUACGUUGAAAAGUUGCAAAACUAUACACAAAAUAAAAUGAAUCACAUAACGCAAUAUGUUCGUAUGUUAUG